AUGAAUAGUCAAACAUCAUCAAAUAAGAAAUCAAAAAAAUCAAGCAACACAACACCUUCAACACGAAGGACAUGGAUUCCAGAAGAAGAACAAACUCUUUUAGACGGGCUUAAAGAGUUGUGUGCUAAUGGUUGGAGAGGUGAUAAUGGAACCUUUAGACCAGGACACUUGAUGGAGUUAGAACGUUAUAUACACAAAUAUCAUCCUACAAGUGGAUUGAAAGGUGAACCACACAUCAAAAAUAAAAUGAGAUAUUGGAAAAGAUGCUAUGGAAGUAUAGCUUUGUUGAAGACUCGAAGUGGUUUGGGAUUUCAAUAUAGUGAUGGAACUAUAAUAGUUGACGAUCUAAAACAUUGGAUUGACUUUAUAAAGAUUGAUCCACAAGCCAAGAAAAUGAAUACUAAGAAAUGGCCACUAUUUGAGGAUUGGGAAGAAAUCUUUGGUAAGGAUAGAGCAACAGGAGAGUUCGCUGAAGGGCCGCUAGAUGCUACUGAAGAAAUUCAAAAGAGUCAAGCUCCACAACAUUCUAAUGACAUGAGUUUGGGAUUUCCUAUUGAUGUUGAUCUUGAUGAUGAUGAAGAAGAAGAAGAAAAUGCUUACUAUAACUCUAAAGUUGGUACUGAAGAAGCUGAAAAUGCCACUGGACAAGGUGGAUUUGCUACAGCUGAAGAUUUCACCGAACCUAGUUCAUUUACUAGAGCUGAAAAUGUCACUGGACCUAGCGUAUUUAAUGAAGGAGAAAAUGUUGCUGGUUCUGAAAAUGAACAUGCUGGAUCCCGAAAAAGUCAUAAACAAGGUGAGUAUUCUAAAAGAUCAUCUUCUAAUGUUAACGAGAAAGAGAAAAGCAAGAAAAGGAAAAAAAUAGUAGAGGAUGAUAGUGAGACAUUUCUUAAGGGUAUGAUGGAAGUUAUGAAAAACUUUACUGAAAGUCAAGACAAAAGAAUUGGUUCCUUGAUUGAAAAGAUGGGGGAUUGUGAUCGAGCUGAUGUUCGUGGUCAAGUUUAUGCUAUCCUUGAAUCCCCUGUAUUUGAGUUGUACACCACAGAGCAACGUAUAAAAGCUGCAAUGAUUCUCUGUAAAGACGACAAAAAGAUGGAAUUAUUUUUACGUAUGGGUGAACAUGAUCGUCAGACAAUGAUGUGGAUGGCUGUCCAUGAUAAACUUUGAAGUACGGUGAACUUGUGAUA